UAAGAUUUGAGAGAUUACAUUUAACAAGUUGAUUAAGGUAAGAAAUUAAUCAAUUGUAUAUUAUUUUCUAUUUUUAAAAUACACCAACAAAAUGUGACCUGUGACCAACUUCAGCCAUUGAUCAAAUCACUACCCACUGGCAUACACAACUAUGUAUAUUCAUAUAUAUAGAUACACACACUGACAAUUAAAUCAGUCGUCUCCAAAGAAGUGGGUUUGAAGAGGAGGAGACCAUAGAUGGGAGAAGUAGAAAAAGCCAUGAAUCCUGCAAUACACUUUGUUCUGAUACAUGGAAUAAGUUCUGGGAGUUGGUGUUGGUACAAAAUCAAGUGCCUGAUGGAGAAAUCUGGGUUGAAGGUCACUUGUAUUGACCUUAAAAGUGCAGGAAUUGACCCAUCUGAUGCCAAUUCCAUUCUCUCUUUUGAUGAUUACAACAAGCCUCUCUUGGAUUUCAUGUCUUCUUUGCCUCACCAUGAACAGGUAGUAUUGGUGGGGCAUAGUGCAGGAGGGCUUAGUGUGACACAGGUCACACACAAGUUCCCAAAGAAAAUAAGGUUAGCCGUGUAUGUUGCAGCAACCAUGAUCAAGUUGGGAUUCUUGACAGAUGAAGAUACCAGAGAUGGAGUGCCGGAUCUAUCAGGGUUUGGUGAUGUGUUCGAGUUAGGAUUUGGACUGGGAACUGGUCAACCUCCAACAAGUGCAAUUAUUAAAAAAGAAUACCAAAGACCUAUUUGCUUCCAAAUGAGUCCUCAUGAGGAUUGUGCCCUAGCUUCAAUGCUGAUGAGGCCAGGCCCAUUAAUGGCAUUGACAGGGGCCAAGUUCAAAGACAUGGAAGAUGAAGGAGCAGAGAGUGUGGCACGUGUGUACAUAAAAACAAUGUAUGAUAAUGUAGUGAAGGCAGAGCAACAAGAUGCAAUGAUAAAGAGAUGGCCUCCAGCUGAGGUGUUUGUGCUGGAAACUGAUCACAGCCCCUUCUUCUCCUCUCCUUUCCUCCUCUUUGGCUUCCUUCUCAAAGCUGCAACAUCUAUUGGACAUUCUUCAAAUUAACACAUCCUUUUAAUUAGUAAAUGAUUUUCAAUUCUAUUAUAAUAUUUGUUGUGGUAAUUCAAAUUGUAUUGAAGACUACAGGGAACUCUUGGUCUUGGAUAUAUAUAUAAUCCAUCAAUACUACUUUCUUUUCCA